GACCCGUAUUGAUAGGAUGGCCAUUGUUGAUGGAAGAAUUUUGAGUAUAUAAUCCGGCAUGGAUUUCAGCAUUUCAUCUGAAUCUGAACCUGAAAGGGAAGAAACCUUAAUAAGAAAAGCAGAAUGGCUGAAGCUGAUGAUCCACAAGAGGUUGCUGAUCGCGACAAAAUCUUCAGGCAUUUCGACACCAACGGCGACGGCAAGAUCUCGUCGACGGAGCUGGGGGACGCCUUGAGAACGCUGGGCUCCGUCACCACCGAUGAAGUGCAGCGGAUGAUGGACGAGCUCGACACCGACGGCGAUGGCUUCAUCUCCUUCGAUGAGUACCUCACUUUUGCCCGAGCCAAUCGGGGCUUGAUUAGAGAUGUCGCUAAGAUAUUCUAAUCAUCAUUUCAAUAAAUAUUAUUUUCACCUUUUCUCUAAAAAAAUUUGGAAUUAUUAAUAUUGUAGUUUAACUGUAAACUUUCGUUUCUUAAUUUCUAUCCUUUCCUAUCAUGCAUCAUGGUGGAGAUCAUACUCCCUCUUGAUUGUUUUUGUUUUUAAUUUUAAUUUGUACCAACUUUCAAGAAUAUAAAUUGUUAAUGCUAUAGCUAUCUUCUUUUCUAA